AUGCUAGAAGAGAAUACCCAUGAAAUGUUCUCUGGAGCUACCAGUGAAAACAUUCCAUCGUCGAUCUCGUCGAUGCAUUUUCCUCAUCGGUUUGGAACUCGUCGGAUGUCCAUGCAACCUGAUGUCCUGAGAGAGACGUCGCCAUUGCUUGCUGGGCGUGAGCAAAUGAGACAGUCAACAGAUACUGACUUGCGUUCUGUGUCUUCUGUCUUCACGGCGGACUCAGCAGAAACUCAAGGGGCAAGGUUUAGAUUCUUUUCUCCUGAUCAGAUUGAGUCUGCUCCUGGUGGUUCCACUCUCGAGAAUCCUGAUGAUCCAAUUGACUAUAAUACCAACUGGGAAUACUCAGUGGAUAAGUACCCUGAGGAUGAGGAGAGCGAGCCGGGCUCUAAAAGACCGCUGUUUUCAAGAUCUCGUCGUUCUGCUUUGUCAACUCAUUUUUAUGACCAGGCAGGCGCAUCCACGUCAUUCGGUGACAGUGAAAGAAGACCGAGGUCACCAGACCAGCGCAGCUAUCGUGAGUCAGACAAUGAUAGUAGCUAUGGCUCUUUUAUUGAAGAUAGAUACCGUCGCAGAAGUUCAGCCUCUAGUGGAAGAUCGACCUCGAUUGCUGAUCUGAUCUCUGAUCACCUGGACGCUGAGACUCAGGCUUUUUUCGAGGAGUUUAAUCCUAGAGCUAAGUAUCAGCGUUACUACCUUGCAGAGGAGGAUAUUGUGAUUGGUAUUGCAGGUUACAGUGACUGUUGGUGGAAGCAAGUGAUUUAUUACUUCAUCUGUGUUAUAACAUUUGGAAUUGGUUUUCUUCUACUCCGGUGGUUCCCUCGGUAUAGAAUUAAUCUUCUUGGAAACCAGCGGCCUCUUGGAAAGGCAGAUUGGUGCGUUAUUGAAAAUGAGUUCGGUGAGCUUACCAUAGUGGAUAUAUCCAAGAUGCGUCUAAACGAACGUUUGUCUCAUUACUUGACAGUCACUCAAAAGACUACCGAUGAGGACGAUUUCGAAAUUCCAGAAGCAAACAAAGAAGCCAAUCCAGUCAUUCCUUACGUUCAUUCAUUUGAAUAUCGUUACAUUAAAUUCUUUUACAAUCCUGUGGAUGACAUUUUCAAGACCAAUUCUACAUGGUACGACAUCCACUGGCUAAACAUAAAAAAUCUCCGUGAGGGUUGCUCGCAACAGCUUCAUGAGCAAAGAACUGAAAUCUUCGGAGGGAACAGCAUAGAAAUUAAAGAGAAGACCAUCGGCCAGCUUUUACUUGAUGAGGUUCUUCACCCUUUCUAUGUGUUCCAGGUCUUUUCAAUUAUCUUGUGGUGUGCUGACGAGUAUUACUACUACGCAAGUUGCAUUUUCAUUAUCUCAUUUGUAUCCAUUAUUAACUCUUUGGUUGAGACUAAGGCAACGAUCAAGAGACUUCAACAGAUCAGUACAUUCUCUUGCGAGGUUAGAGUAUGGAGAAAUGGCUUCUGGAACAAGAUCGAUUCAGAGGAAUUGGUACCUGGUGAUGUUUUUGAAGUAGAUCCGUCAUUGACCUAUUUGCCUUGUGACGCAUUACUUAUAAAUGGUGAAUGUGUGGUCAACGAAUCAAUGCUUACAGGAGAAAGUGUCCCAGUUACCAAAUCAGUUGCGACGGGAGAGACUGUUCAAUACUUGGUAGAGAGCUUUACGCAUGCUGUUUUGGCAAGAUCUUACCUUUACAGCGGUACAAAGCUCCUCAAGACUAAAUCAUCAAAUGAUGAGCCUGCGCUUGGCAUGGCUCUAAGAACUGGUUUCAACACAACAAAGGGAUCCCUUGUCAGGUCUAUGCUUUUCCCUAAACCUACUGGUUUUAAGCUUUACGAGGAUGCCUUCAAGUACAUUGGCUUCAUGACUUUGAUUGCUUGUAUUGGUUUCAUUUACUCGACCUACAACUUUAUCCAAUUGGGUCUUUCUAAGAGAAUUAUGAUCUUGAGAGCGCUUGAUAUCAUCACUAUUGUCGUUCCUCCUGCUCUUCCGGCUACAUUGACCAUUGGAACCACUUUUGCCAUCAAUCGUCUUAAGAACAAGUCGAUUUUCUGCACUUCGCCUACCAGGGUGAAUAUAGGUGGUAAGCUAGAUGUCGUCUGCUUUGACAAGACCGGUACUCUUACAGAAGAUGGUUUAGACGUUUUGGGUGUUCAUCCUACGAAGAAUGCUGAAGGCAGAAAAGAAAUAAUCUUUGAGGAGAUCAUUGAUACUGUCGAAAGUCUUGUUGAGAAGGGCAAACAAUCAACCCAAUAUGAUGUUCAGAGUGGUCACUUUUUGCUUGGAUGCAUGGCUUCUUGCCAUUCCCUCAGACUUAUUGACAACGAGCUUCUUGGAGAUCCACUUGACAUGAAAAUGUUCGAAUUCACCAAAUGGCAAUAUACUGAAGAGUUUGGAGACAGUUCUGUACCUUUGGUAUAUGAAACUGAUGGACAUGAAACCUUUGGCUAUAAGGUUCUCAAAGAGUUUGAGUUCAUUGCCGCUCUUAGAAGAAUGUCAGUCAUUGUGGAAAAGAACAACACUCAUCUGGUUUUCGUAAAAGGUGCCCCAGAAGUUAUGUUAGACAUUUGUGAUCCAACCACCAUACCAGCUGACUUUGAGGACUUGCUCCACGGCUACACUCAUAGCGGUUUGAGAGUUAUUGCUUGCGCCCAAAAGACUUUAGGAAAGAAGGAAGACUACCAAAAGCUUUCAAGAGAAGAUGCAGAAGAUAACCUUGAGUUUGCUGGUUUCAUUAUUUUUGAGAACAAGUUGAAGCCUACGACUAAGAAAACGCUUAAUGAAUUGAAAGAAGCCUCCAUCAGAACAAUCAUGUGCACAGGAGAUAACGUCUUGACAGCUGUCAGUGUUGGAAGAGAUUGCGAGCUUAUAGACCCAUCGGUGUCUCAAGUUUAUGUUGCAAGGAUAGCUAGUGACGAGGAGUUCGAGUCAACUGGUUCAACUGGCCUUGUGUGGGAGGAUAUUCAUGAUUCUUCUCAUAAGCUUGACCCUGUCACUUUGCAGAGGAUAAGCACUGAUAUCAGGGACGACGUCCAUGAAUAUGUGCUUGCUUUGACGGGUGACAUUUUCAGGUAUGUUUUGGUGGAAUUGCAAAACGAACGGUUGAAGGAGAGCAUUUUAAUGAAGUGUGAUAUUUUUGCCAGAAUGUCUCCUGACGAAAAGCACGAAUUGGUGGAACAACUAAAAAAGAUUGAUUAUACUGUUGGAUUUUGUGGAGACGGAGCAAACGACUGUGGAGCUCUUAAGGCAGCUGAUGUUGGUAUUUCAUUGAGUGAAGCGGAGGCGUCAGUGGCAGCACCAUUCACAUCCAGAGUGUUUGAAAUCUCAUGUGUUCCGGAUGUUAUUAAGGAAGGUCGUUCUUCGUUGGUGACAAGUUUUGCCUGCUUCAAGUACAUGUCGUUGUAUUCUGCCAUUCAGUUCAUCACUGUGUCUAUCAUGUAUAAGAUGGGCACGAACUUGGGAGAUUUCCAAUUUUUAUACAUUGACUUGUUCUUGAUUUUGCCAUUGGCAAUUUUCAUGUCUUGGGCCAAGCCAUAUGAAAGACUUGUGGUUAGAAAACCCACGGCAAAUUUGGUGAGUCCAAAAGUGUUGAUCCCACUUAUCUGCCAUAUAGCGGUGAUCCUUGUGUUCCAACUUGGUAUUUGGCGGUCAGUUCGUCACGAACCAUGGUACGUUAAACCGGUACCAUCGAACGACGAUGAAAAUGUCAAAUCUUCAGACAAUACGGUGCUCUUUUUGUUCACGAAUUUCCAGUACAUUCUCAACUCGAUGGUGCUCAGUUCAGGACCACCAUACAGAGAACUGGUCUACAAGAAUAAGCCAUUUUUGAUCAACCUUGUUGCGGCACUUUGCUUAUCACUCCUGCUUUUCUUGAUUGAAGAGGAUUCGUGGGGAGGCCGGUUAAUGCAAUUGACCAACAUGUCCGCCACAGCGUACGUGCGGGUAGUUACUUACGCGGGGGUGAAUUACAUUCUCAUGAGCUACGGAGAGGAGCGGUGGUUCCAUAAGGUUGCGUGGGCGUACAAGAGGGUGUUCCGCCGGGGCCAGCUUGGCAAGAGCAAAAAGCGGUAUAAGAAUUUGAAGGUCGAGUUCAAAACAGGUGAAUACACGUACAUCCCUGGUGAGGGUGAAGAGGGUGAACGGGAGGCUCAGAGGAUCUUUUGGUGA